GGCGAUAUAUCUAUCACAGACAUGGAAAAACAGAGAUUGGCAGACUUCCUAACUGCAGAAGGGGUGCUGAUAAGACUUGAUGGCAGUAACUACCGUAUGGCCUCAGCAUUCAUUGACUCGUUUUCACCCCCAAAGGAAAGUCAAGGAGGAUUAUUGGAUAUUCUGGAGACUAUGAAGAUUGCUCUUCGAUUUUUCGAUAAAAACUUGAUUAUACAGUCGGAAUAUCGAUCAUACAAAAGAUCGGGGAGAACAGUUAAGGUUAUGGGUGGAUACAAUGCCAAAGUCCUCCGGGAGAGCGUCUAUGACACGGAAUUGAUGAGGAUUCUCACCAACUGGCUAAACAAAAUAGAAGGAUAUGGGAUCAUUAGCCAGUGGCACCUCCAUGAGCUUGAGGACCACAAAUAUAGUGAUAUUGUCAUCAAGAAAGCAGGAGAGCCGACGGUUGUUAUCGAGCUUUUGGCUACAGGAAGUCAAUCUUCUAUUAAGGACUGUAUCAGCAAGACGCCAACUUAUAAACGCUUACUCUCAGCAGAAGAAGCUUGGGUUGUUCAUUUUACUCGGGAGGACGACUAUCUUGAGCACCCAUACUGGCAAACCGACGCGGAACUGGACCAAGGGGUGAAUUUGGUGCAUUUCUGGCACGAUAGGAGUUUUGAUACAGUGAAGAUGAGUGCUCACUGGAAGGACAAGAGUGGCAAUAGUCAAAGAAUUGACAAUGAGCUGUUGACUGUCUAACAGCAAUUCUAUUUUUUUUACCAACAUUGUACGGGCGUCCCAUUUUG